AUGAACAGCAGGGGGCUGCUCCAGUCAGCUACACGGGGGUCAAUAGAGGAAGUGCAGGUGUUGCUCGGGGCUGGUGCUGAUGUGGGGCACAGAGGAUGGACCAUGUGGACCGCUCUACAUUAUGCAGCGAAGCAGGGACAUGCUGAUAUUGUGAGGUGUCUGAUCGUGAAUGGGGCAGAAAUGGAUGCCAGGACCGAUGUGAGGCAGACGCCUCUACAUUUGGCUGCAUGGAAGGGCCAUGCGGCAGUGGUGCGGCUGCUGGCGGCGUCCUCGGCCGACGUCGAUGCCAAGGAUCAGUGGGGUAGGACGCCUCUGCACUGGGCGGCACCCUACGGCAACGCAGAGGCGGCGAAGGCGCUGCUGGAAGCAGGGGCCGAUAGGGACGCAAAGGAGGACGCAGGGAACACCGCGCUGGACUUAGCAAGAGUGAACAAGCGACAAUGGAUGGUAGAAAUCCUAUCUAGCAUUCCAACAAACGACUGUGAUGUGAACUAA